UGGAAAUUUCUAUUGCACAUUUACAUUCUUCUUCUUCACGUGUUGCAGCUAUUCAUUGUAAAUGUGAUAUAUUUGUUUCUCUCCCCGGCUGUAAAUAACAGCUGAUAAUUAAUUGCUUUUCUAAAUAAUUGCAUUGCAUUGCGCACAAAUCGAAUCACAGAAUCACAGAAAAUCAACCAUGACGGAUGAGGCACAAAUUCCAGAACAAAUAUUAAAUAAUAAAAAUAAACACAGUGUACGAUGUAAUUAUUGCUAUUCAUUGAUAUUGAAACCACAAUUCGGAGAUUAUGUUGAGCAUGAGUUCGAAAUGCCGCUAAUGCAGCAAAAACAUCGUAAAGACACUGAAAUUAUUGAAACGGAGUUACUCAAAAACUUCUGGUGUAUUGAUGAUAUAUUCACCUUCGAGAAUAUUGGCUUCUCCAACACUGUGGAUAACCGUAAGUUCUUGAUAUGUGCCGACUGUGAGAUGGGACCAGUGGGUUAUCACGAAAUAGCAAAUAAAAAAUGUUAUAUAGCAUUAAAACGUGUUAGACAUGGCAGUGAACCAGACGCCGUAAUGGAGCCAGUAACCGAUGAGGAAGAGAAUGAUGUAUAGAAAAACGAAUAUGCAUAUGUACUUACGACCGUACAUGUGUUUAUAGAUGUAACAUAAAUAUUUGCCAUUUGGGGAGUAACACGAAAACAGUGUAUGUAUAAAAAAGCAUACCUGUGCUGCUACCAUUGACUUUAUUCCAUACUUUUAUGUAGCAUUUUGUUUAAAUAGCAAAAAGUAAAAACCAUUCUGUAUAAAAUGUAUAAUUUCUUAUGUAC